AAAUCAUCAAAUCCCUUCCCCAUACAACAAACAACCUUGCCCAUUAAUAACGACGAAUUGCUUAAGCCUUCAAAAUUAGCAUAGCACAUUCUGCACCUGCCACCAUCUCCACCAUCUCAUCUCCUGCAUAUCCUGUAUUUGACGACCCAUUGCUCUCUCCCUUGCCGCGUCACCUCAUCCCAAAUAGCCUCAAAGCCUUGGCCAUCUGAAUCUGAGAUCCCUGCAUAUUGAGUUGGUCCAAGUUCUGCAUCGCAAUGGCAACCUUGGAUAACGCGAACCCAACUAUCCUGAGUGCGUCUCAGCUGCCUACCCGGCAGAAGAAGGCUGAGCCGCGUCGGGGUCCGGAUUCCAAAUACGACGAUAUCAUCUUCGCGAAGCCAUCGUAUCUUUCAGGGCCUUUCGGUCAAGGUCCGGCCAUAUGGCCCCGAAUGAACGACUGGCAGGAUGAGUUCUCAUCCGAAGCUAUUGACGAGCAAGAAAUUUAUGAUCUGAUCUCAACAAUCUCGGAUCCAGAGCACCCGGUAUCACUCGGCCAAUUGUCAGUGAUUAACCUCUCUGAUAUUCACAUUACUCCAUCUCCUUCUAUGGGUGUUCCUGACCCUAAUACCAUCGUCCAGGUGGUUGUGGAGAUCACGCCUACCAUCACCCACUGCUCGCUAGCCACCGUUAUCGGGCUGGGAGUUCGGGUGAGACUGGAGCAGGCACUGCCGCCCAACUACCGUGUGGAUGUCACCUGCAAAGAGAACAGCCACAACCAAGAUGAUCAAGUCAACAAACAAUUAGGCGAUAAGGAACGAGUUGCUGCAGCUUUAGAGAACGACACUCUGAAAGGAGUACUGGACAAGAUGUUGGAAACUUGCGCUUAGUCAUGACAUCGUUUCUAUUUUUGAAGGCCACACUCUUUUAGAAGGCUUCAUUACAUAUCACAGGGAUUCAGCUCGCUGAUCUUCUGGUGCGCACCAUCGGUUAAUGUCACUACAACAUAGAUAAGUGACCAAUACGAAGGAUGCGGAACACGAUCAUUCUCGUUCCGAAGCCGAAUGGCAGAGCGAAAAUACCACCUUGGUGACCUUCCCAUGUCUUGAAUCUCGGCAUUCAAGUUGGGGUAGUCUGGAUAGACUGUACCGUUGAACUGGUAAUGAGAGAGCGCUGGGGAAAAGAGCGAUUCUUGAUUGGAGAGCAAUGACAAGGGGGUUCUAUCAAGGAUAUUCUCAUCUAAAUAAGGUUCAGCUACCACGAACAAGCAACUCACGCUACUCAUGAGAAACCUUCCUCCAGUCCAAGUGCAACAUCGCAACGAGUGGGCAUUCCAAUAUAUCGGACUAUUGGAACCUGGUAUUCUAGGAGUAUCGAGAAUGUCACCGGUGUCACGUCGAGCUAAUUUUUAGUUUGAUACACAACACAUGGUUGGGCUGCAAUAAACGCGUGUGCAUUUGCCUUGCUGGAUGAAUACAUACGCACAUAUUCACAAUCAAAGAUAUAUGUCGACUCCUUCAACUUCCUUCGUUCAUGAGCCUCUCUGUUUAUUCUCUAUCCUCUCGUGCAUAAAAGCCGACGUCGACCAGAUUCCACGAUUAGCUUUCCGUUUUGGGAAUCAUCGUCGUACCAUACCAAGUAGCGCCCUAUAUCAGCAUGCUACUCGUGGAGACGUCCCAACGUCCCCCACUUCGGGUCGCCGCAAAUCCAAACGUCCCUGACCUGACUGAGUCUGGGCUCCCUCAUGGUUCAUGGUCACUUCAGUGAAGGCCUUGCCUUGAAAGGCACUGUAGGCUAUGGAACGGAACCUACCGCCACGAGACGUCAUGCUUGACUCUGUCGGCCCUUUUCAUAGCCAAGAGGCAAGGUCGUCUCUCAUAGGGCACUAUCAAGAGCUGUCUCUUUUGUGCGAUUUCUCCUUUCGUGGCAUGUCCUGCCAAGACUAGUAGCUCCCGUUUGGCAGGUCUAAAAGAACUGGGGAUUUAGACUUGCCGCCACACAUAAUCAUAUCAUAUACCAAAUCGGUCAAGCCUCACGGUACUCAACUCAUCGAUCAGUCUGUCCUCGAAAUCAUACAGCGCCGUAGUCACGCCCCUAGCUCCAGCCUCCAGGAGCUUUUGUCUUGGAGACUUCAUCCAUAUCACUAUCCUUCAGGGGUCGACCCCCGCUCCCCCAGUGUGUUUGCGGUUUUGUGGACGCCCAGGGAUCACAGUUGCAUUUCGCUUGGACGGUCUCAAAUGAUAUGUUUGGGGGAAAGCAACCUUGCCUUGCGUCUGCGUGACGAUCCCCCGAUCUUGCAACUCCCGCGACGCGAUCCCCCCGGUUCGAUACGAAUCUCGGGAUUGGUCCGCCCUCGACGUUGCAAAAGAGACUUGUAUUUUCCUCAGUGGCGAUCGUCAAGGUAAACAUGAUGGGAUGUAUUUGUCCGCAACCAUCAAUUGUCUUGCAUGUUCUCAGACACCACUUGCUAUCCCACAUUUCCUACCUCCUCGUGACGUGGGGAUAAGCCACCAGUGUCUUGGGAUUACUCUCUCUACAGCCAAUGGGGAGUUUUAGACUUAAUUGCUGAAUAGCCAUGAAUGAUAUCGCUCGUCCAACACCCCCAGGCUAAUGUUACACCUUCAGGUUAUGGCUUUAACCCUCAAGCCUUCACCGAGAUGGGUUAUGGAUGUGCCUGGCAGAUGGGCUCAUGCCCAUCGUUCCCGGCACCCUAGCAAACCUUGUGUCCUGUCAAUAAUCCCUGUCACGAUGCUUAUCAACCGCUUCGUCAUUCACUUGCUUGCCAUGAGGUUCGAACCGUGGUCCCUGAACGGGCAAGGGUUUCUAGAAAGACCCGUUGAGAUCACCGGUUAAUCGUCCCGUGGAAGCUUCCACGAAGCGCCCUUUCAAACUCCACCAUCUUCACUGUUGCUUUGACCUUUGUUUUAUGUAUGUAUUAACAGGACUGCAAGCUUCUGGAUGAACUGUCUAGUGAACCAACUGCGAAACCAGUCCAAAUCCUGAAUGUUAUUAACACUAGCUCUAAUUAUCUGGUGCGCGAUCUGUCGUAAAGUAUAACCAUGA